AUGGUGCUGAUACGGCGGAAUCGGAAUAGGUCCACGAGAGCAUGGUUGCCCCCGCAAGCGAUCUUCAUGCCAACCUCAGCACAGGAUGUGGCAAAGUCGGUUAAAAUCAUCAAUUUCUUCUCCGUACCAUUCGCCGUGCGCUCCGGCGGCCACACCCCCUUCCCCGGGAGCGCAAGCAUCUCGGACGGAAUCCUCAUCUCUCUUCAAAACCUUACCAUCUUGGCGCUCUCGGAAUCAAAGGAUCUCGUCUCCGUCGGCUCGGGGAAUAGGUGGAUCAAAGUCUACGAGUUCCUUGAACCCUACAAUCUCGCCGUUGUCGGAGGUAGAGUCCCCAGCGUCGGCGUCGGCGGCCUAACCACUGGCGGCGGAAACUCCUACUUCUCAACCGGUCACGGAAUGGCAUGCGACAACGUCGCUAGCUUCGAGGUUGUCAUCGCAGACGGGAGCAUAGUCACGGCAUCUGCUGCUGAGAAUAAGGACUUGUUUUGGGCGCUCAAGGGCGGGAGCAAUAACUUUGGGAUUGUCACUCGGCUCGACCUGUUCGCCAUCCCGAUUCCCAACGGGAAAGUCUGGGGCGGGAACACGUUUUUCUUGCCCCAGCAAAUCAAUAACGUUACCGAUGCGAUCGCCGAGUAUCAGAUGAAUGGCCAACUGACUGACCCUGAUGCGGCGAUUAUCCCCAGCCUUUCUUAUUCCGGGCAGGGGAAUUUCACCGGUUUCUUGGUGACUGUUUUUCAUACUAGCGGCCAGAAGCCGGCAUCCUUGGAUCCUAUCUUUAAGGCCGGCCCCGUGAGCGAUAGCAGCAAGCAGAGGACUUUACCAGAAAUGGCGAGGGAGGCUGUCGGUGGAGACUCGGCUCCUGUUCUACCUCCUACUCGACAUGACUUCCGAACCCUAAGCAUCGGUGUCUCCCCAGAAUUCUACCGCGACAUUUCCACUCUCUUUCAAGAGACCUACACCACGAACACUGCCCUCUCCCCCGUCUCCGGCUUCACCAUAACCCUCACUUUCCAGCCCGUCGCUGCAUCUACCGUGGCUCACGGCAAGACUCGCGGCGGAAACGCGAUGGGUAUGUCGGAGAAGGCCCAAACAUGGCUCUGCUUGACAUCCACCUGGGCACUCCCAUCCGACGAUCAGCUCAUACUCCCGCUCAGCAUUAGCUUCAUCAAGCAGGUCGAGGACCUGGCGAGGGCUAAGGGCCUGCUCGAGCAGUACCUGUUCCUCAAUGACGCUGCUAUCGACCAGAAGGUUAUCGCUAGCUAUGGUGAUGCGCAGGUGAAGGAAUUGAAGAAGGUUUCUAAGAAUUACGAUCCUAAGGGUGUGUUUCAGAAGUUGGCGAAGGGCGGGUUUAAGUUGCCUUAG